AUGAAUCAGAAUAUAAAGAACACGUCUUGGGCGGAUCGAAUAAGAAGUGACGAUCAAGAAAGAAAAGCUAAAUCUACAGAGGUUUUACAAAGCCCACCACCCAAUAAUAGCUUCGGGUCAUCGAUGGAUUCACAAUUUAGCUAUGCUCAUUCAAACAAAAGUAGCAUUUCAUUUGAAUCUAUUCAAACUACAGAGAGACUUCUUGACAAAUUGGAUCUCAGCUUAGAAGAUGAACUCAUUCUGCAAGAAGCUUUAUUAGAAGAGGAAAAUGCCUCGAGAAAUUCGCAACUAUCACAAACAAGCGGUCCAACAUUAUGUAUGCCUGCGUCCGAAUUCCCGUCACUAAGGAAUAGAACUAAUCCCCCACCAACGUAUAUACAAGCCAGAGAUCGUUCUCUUAUCAUAGACAGUUUAAAAGAAAAGGAUUCCACUUUGAGAGGCAAAUACUCUUCCUGUAAAGUGGAAAGACAUUUGCCCGUGAAGUCAAGAUACUCUUAUAUCGUCGAAGAAGAUUAUGACUCUGAAACUUUUACUGCCAUGAAACCCCAAAUGAAUAGACAUCAAAAAGAUUAUAAAUACCCAAACAUUGAAAAUAACAAUAGAAGCACGAAUAAUCCUAAUACUUUCAACUUCGAGAAUUAUAGGAUUGAAAAUACUAGACUACAUCAUUUUUACCCUAUGCUAAUAUCAAGCAAUAAUAAUAGCAGUGAUAAUAGUGCCAAUAAGAAGAGUAACAAAGUCAAUACUAGUAAUAAUAUCAAUACAUCUAUAAGAAACGACAGGAUAUUCGAAAAGCAAAGCUGCCCUAAUGAGUUCACACCCACGCAAAAGAGUAAUUGUCUUUAUCGGAACGGAAGUUCGACAAGUACCAAUACCUCCUUUUCUGAAGUUGGACAGUUAUCAAAGCCGAAUACUCAAUCUUCCUUUGAAAGUGAAUCUUCGUCAUUCUCCAAGCUUAAAUUAACAAAGAGUGAUACAACACCUGUUAAACCAUCUCCUAAACGGUCUAAUUCCUCUACCUCCACGAUAACGAAACCAAAUACCCUGACGAAUGACAUUUCAUUGCCCCCAACACCACCAUAUAAAACUCAUAAAAAAAAAACUUCACUAAAUUCCCUAAAAAAACUUUUCAAAUCUCCUAGGACGAGAGCAAAAAACAAGAAAGAUCUUGAGUCUGAAGGAUCAAGCCCGAUCCGUUCUGCCACUAAUUCAUUGGACUUUUCCGGUGAGAAUAUUCAGUUUCCACCAACCUCUAAUACUGUUAAUAAUUCCAGCCCCCAUUUGGCCAGAUAUAUUUUUCCUCCAAACCCAGUUUUCCAUUUCAAAACGAUAUCAUCACCUCAGUCAUCCGCUGAUAAAAAAAAGAACAAUAAAGCACGUCCAAAUAGGACUCACUUGAGAACCUUCUCGGAUUUCCAUACAAUCGAAAAAGAUACCAAAAAAGACGAGCUAAGUCCCCUCUCAGAACAAUCAAACAAACCCGAUCAUCCGAAAGUUAGGAGAAGAACACUUUCCUUAGAUGGUAUGUUACCAAAUAAUUCGACUCAAUGCACAGUUAAUCUCAGCCAUAAGAAAGAAGAGUCGAACGCAGCAAGCAGGUGCGGAAAACUUAAAUUUCACCUAGAACCUUAUGAUAAUGAUGAAUCUUCACACAUCGGACAGGCAAUUACUAUGCGUCAUCAAGGUAAACUUGAAGAAUCUGCACAACGACUGAAAAAAGCCUGCGCAUGUGGUAACAAAACUGCAUUCCUAUUAUAUGGAUUAGCUCUGCGACAUGGCUGCGGAGUGGACAAGAACUUGAAACUAUCAUUAGGAUUUUUGAUGGCUGCCACGGACAUCAAAUCUUUUGCCGCAGAAGUUCUUGAUUUGGAUAUCAAUCCGUUGAAUUUUGUUUCUAUAGAUGAUAUCCCUGAUAUGGCGCCUGAACCAAUGGCGCCUGCUUUAUAUGAAUGCGGUAUGGCAUAUUUGAAGGGUCUUGGGAUAGAUCAUCCGGACGAGAUAAAAGGUCUAAAAUUUUUAGAAAAAGCUGCCCUAUUAGGCCACGUAGACUCUAUGUGCUUAAGCGGGACAAUUUGGUCCAAAACUUCUAACGUAAAAAAAAAGGAUCUCUCGAGAGCUGCUGCAUGGUUUAGAAUAGCUGAUAAAAAAGGUGCAAAUCUAUUAGGUUCAGAUUGGAUUUACAAGGAAAAGUAUAUGAAAAAAGGUCGGAAAUAA